GUUUAAGUGUGCAGAAAGAACAGGUCCAAUGUCGGUACAAAAUUGAGCAAAAGGCCUAUAGACCGACCACAGUGACUGCGUAAUAACAAUCUGAAACCAUUCAGGUAUUUUUCGGUACAAAGUGUGCGUUGCGCAGUGUUCAAUUUCGUUCUGUGCUAAUCAGACAAGCCCGAAUUUCGUCUCUAUUCUUGAUUAGGAAACGAUACUCAACGUGCAGGAUGAAUGCGUCUGUUGUUUUCCUUUUCCUCGUGGUAGCUGGAGGGGCGACACUGACAUUGUCAACAACAACGACUGGCCCCACGACCCAACGUUCCACUACCACAGCACAAAAGACGACCCAUAGUCUUCCCACCACCGCACCGAAGACGACCCAUAGUCAGCCCACCACCGCACCGAAGACGACCCAUAGUCAGCCCACCACCGCACCGAAGACGACCCAUACUCAGCCCACCACCUCACCAAAGACGACCGCUAGACACACGUCCGAAAAACCAACCGAAACCCCGGCCGAUACCACCGCUGCGGAUGCUAAUACGACAUCCAAUGCAACCGGUUCAACUGUUGGUGCCACUACACCGGCAAGCACUACCCGACCUGGACCAGAAAAGGUUAUACCAAGCUACCAGUUUGAGAAUGGCAGCGAGGUUAUGAUGUUGUUCGUCCUGAACGCAACGCUGAAAGUUAGAUACAACACCACAAACAAUGAGACUGGCGAGGUCACUAUUCCCUUUGGCGGGAAAAUCAACGCAACGGGAGUCGAGUGGACUACAAAUGGAUCGGGUUGGUCCCCCAAUGAUGUUCUCAGGGAUUUUAGAAUCGUGACAUAUUUUGAUGUGCCGGAUUCCAAUUCAACCCGUGGUUUCUUGGGGUUGUGGCUCGAUUUCCAGAGGAGCUUUCCGGGGCCAAACGUCCCAAAGUAUCCCCUUUACAACCUUAGUGUAACCGCCCUCUGGGGUUAUUACGAACCGAUCUUCCCGGGAGAUGUAGUGGACUACGGGAAAGAUGGAUCCGCAGGGGUGCAGAAUUUGUACACGGGUACAAUAGGAAAGGCGUACAGGUGCGCAAACUGGACGAUCACGAAAGGACCGGCAACUAUCAUUAUGGAUCACGUGAUGUUACAGCCUUUUGCGGACUAUGCAAAUGGAACUUUCGGCGAUGAAGUGGAAGACUGUAUGGAAAGCCCGACGACUAUGACAACGCCUCAUCCCCCCACCAAGCCCAGCCCCAACAACGCGGGCAUGAUCGCCGGCAUAGUCAUCGGUGUGUUGGCCUUUGUCGUCCUCAUCUUAGGGAUCGCCGUGUACGUGGUCAGGAAGCGGAGGGUGAAGGAGGUGUCUUACGGUAGCUUGGAAAGUGAAACGGCACGAUUUUCACCAGAUCAGCAUCAGUAGAGUGAGGACAUCUACGGCCUUGGACAUUUUGAUAAAACGGUGUCAUAUGAAAAUCGGACUCUUUUUCCCAUUUAUUGGUUAAACCCUCUCACGUGACCGGUCCCUCUCCUAA